ACCAGGAACAAAGAGGUAAAGGCGGCAAGUGUAACUAAACAACACAGGGUGGAAAGGAACAUAAGGCGCUUACGGCGACACGCAGCCCUGGCUGCUCACCCCAACCGGGCCGCCACCACCCCCGCUGCCCGUGAGUGACCCCGGAGGGCGGAUGAAAACUGGACCACGGCACCGCCCGGCUGUCAGGCGCCCGCCCGCCCGAGAGGAGGCCGCCAUCAGGGGGCGCUGCUGCCUCGCCGGCAAAAGAGCGGCCGUGGGAGGGACACUCUAGGGAAGUGGCGGUGGCGGGAGUCGGGACGCGAAAGAGCGGCAAGUCGGAGCCGCAGUAGCGGCGGCACCAGCAGCACCACCACCUCCCGGCUUCGGCCGCCGCUCGGACGGAGCAGGCCGAGGGAGGGAAAGGGCAGAGCCAUGGCCGCGGCGGCGGGCCGCAGCAGGGGCGGGCCGAGACCGGCGCUCCUGGUGGGGCUGCUGCUGCUGGCGCUGCUGCUGCUGCUGCUGGCGGGCCCCGGCGUACGGUCGGCGCGGAGCCGCGGCGGCGCCGACAAGCAGAACAGCCUGCGGCGGGCGGCCAGCGGCGUCUACCAGGGUGUCAGCGGCCUGCUGGGCGAGGAGAACGUGCGCGCCCUGCAGAAGUUUUUCUCCAGGCUGACAGAGCGAUUUGUAUAUGGAGUGGAUGUUCUAGUCGAUACAUUCUGGAGAAUAUGGACUGAUCUCCUGGAUGUCCUUGGGAUUGAUGCUUCCAACUGGUCCCAUUAUUUCAGCCCCGGAGCGGUCACGAACAACCCCACCCUCGCCCUUCUGCUGAUCGGUGCUGUACUCCUUGCCUAUUGGUUUGUGUCUCUGUUCCUUGGGUUCUUUUUCUAUCUCCUGCAUGUGCUGUGUGGCCGGUUCUUCUGGAUUGUGAGGGUCUCCCUCUUUGCACUUUCCUGCGUCUACAUCCUCCAGAAGUACGAAGGCGAGCCUGAGCACGCAGCGCUCCCACUGUGCUUAGUCGUGGCCGUCUACUUCAUGACUGGGCCGGUCGGCUUCUACUGGAGGAGGAACAGCCACAGCACCCUUGAGGAGAAGAUCGACCACCUUGACAGCCAGAUCAGACUCCUAAAUAUACGUCUCUCGAGAGUGAUCGAAAACAUGGACAGGGGUGGCGACCAGUGAAGUGAAAGGUUUAGCCCAUCUUGACACCAGCGCUCUAAGAAAUCGCGAAGACCUGUCUCUUUGGUUUGUGAAAAGCUAGCGAAGCGACAAGCUGGCACCGGGUAAUCAAUGUGCAACAUUAAACCAUUAACUGUAGCUCUAUCUAGACAACACACUGAAAGAAAAAACACAAAGACACCUGCAAGAUAAGAUUCUUUAGCAGUAUAUUCAGAGGUUUUCCUCCAUGAGUAGAAUUUUAUCUGCUUACUUUUUCCAGGCAUUUAAAACCUAUUUUGUAAAAACGGUUUUUAUAAAGGCAUAUUGAGUAGUCUAUUUAAAAAUAAUUUAAAAAUUCAACGGAGCUGGGUGCAGAUUUGGCAUUUAACAGAAGGAAGAAAGGCUUAAUUCUGCCAAGAGCUUCUCUUAAGAAAUGUUGUCUGUGGGGGUCAGCUUGCUUUUUUUUGUUUUUUGUUUUGCUUUCACAAAGUGUUCGACAUCUUAUUUUUUUGCUUUCACCAGUGACUUAAUUUCCUUGCCUCAAGUUGCCUUUUUCAUAGAAUCACAGAAAAAGCCAUCUCUUCUAGUUAGAUCGGAAAAUGGCUUGCCAUGGCUUUUAACCAGAGGUGGGGGCCCACCGCCAGACCUUUAAAGCCAAAAAUGAGUUUUCUUUUGUGAGUGUGAGUGUGUCCCACCCCCAGUAGCUAGUCAUAUUAGUCACAGACCAUCCUAAUGGACUGCAGCCAGGAGCUUCCCUAUAUGCACAGACCUGCCCUGUCUCUUAAAGGCAUUCCUCAUUCAUUUCAGCAGAGAAGAGAGCUGUGCACAUGUCAAAAACCACCUCUUUUCUCCACUGCAGUGAAUCCACUUACACAGGAGUUUGGUUGAUCAAAGGUGUAAGGGUGCCAACCGCCAGGAAUAUCUCUCGUAAAAGCCCUCCUGCCACAAAAGCAACUCUUUCGACUUGAGCAGGAGACGCCCAGUGACUGCAGAAUUAGCUUUAAGUUCAGAUAAAAAUGGCUGGAAAGGAGGAAAUAGUGUACAGUGGUAGAAGACGGAUAAUGUAGUGUUGACCUUUGCAAUAAAACCCUUUCCAAGCAGAAGUCAUUUUAAAAUACAAAUGAUUAUGCAUUGUCCUUAAGAAAAGGAAAAUUGAAAACCAAGCCUCAGGAUCCAUAGAUGGUUUCAUUAAGAGACAAAAACAAAAAAAGGCAGUAGAUAAGAACACUUGCAAUGGUGUUCUUGCUGAAAUCUUUCUCAGGACCAAUACGCGGCAAUAAAUUAAUCCAAUUGCUAAAGCUUACCUCCAGGUAGAUCCAGUGCUUUUUUUGCUUGAAGUCUCUGAAGGAAGGAAAACCAUUGCUUUUCAGGGUCAGUUGAGGAUAGUUCCAGGGACCCACCAGUUUGCCAUCAGAGGCAAGAGGCUGUGUAUGGGUGGGGUGGAGUGUCUGGUCUGGUCUUCCUACUGACCACCUGACUUCUAGAGCAGUAUGUGACAUCUCAGGCUAUUGAAGCGGCUGUAUUGUUUUUGGUAAACUGCACGUGUGACCGUAACCUGCUCACAUGAUCAAGCUAGUAUAUCAGAGUGCUGGCUUGGCACAAUUUGCUAUUUGCUGGCAUGCCCAGAAAGAAAGGCAGCCUCAGAAAAAGAGCAGUGGAGAGGUAUUUCAGCUGUUUGGAGUCAAUAGUUGCAGAGAGCCUCAUGCAGGAUUUGUGAUAUGAAUGGUGCCCCUGAGUAAAGCAUUCUACGGGGGAAAUGGCCCUUGGUUGCUACAGAACCAAGACUCUCCUGCUUCCAAGUACUCAGUGAUUUCAGGAACAUUAAGUAGCCUGCAUGCUCCUUGAGACUCGGGAGGAGAAAAAUGAAAGAGCAAGGAAGCCCAUGUGAAAUGCUCAGCUAAAUCCUGACUCUGAACACUCACGCUUCCUCACACAAGUGGAGCUGGGCAGGAUUCUGCCAGCUUUGGCUGGAUGAAACCAGAACUUUAAAUUUUUUUAAAAAAAUUACAUUUACACAACUACUGGCAUUUCAGUUUUGAAAAGCAUCUAGUUGGGGGUGUGUGUGUGUGUAGAUACACCACUUUUUUUUUUGCUUCAUAAGCGUGUGUGUCGUUUCUCCCCUGCCCCCACCCAAUCUCACACACCCUCCCACUGCUACCGGCUUGCUCUGGAACAAGUCUUCUUGAUCUCAAGGGGACUUGCUCUGGGAUAAGUGCAGAGGGCUGCGGUCCACUCUGCCAUCAGAUGUUCCAGCCAGACUCUUUCUCUUUACUACUGAUGAGACACAAAGUGAGGGUCUGGAUUUCCUUUUAAGCUGAGAACCACACAUAAAGCCUUGCUCCUCAUUGCCCAGAAUCAGCUUGCCAUGGUGGUUUGGGAAGAAUGUAUAUAUUUUUCUACACAGAGUGUUUUGGUCUGUAAGAGGAUUGAGAGAAAUACUGAUUUAAAUAAAGUGCACACGCUGUGUUUGGACAGUAUCUGUACCAUUGGUGAAACUGGAUGUAGCUUUCCCUAGUAUCUCUCCCCCUCGUCCCUUGUUUAUGUAUCGCUUUUAAAGAAUUGGGCAGGAGCACAAACCGUUGUCCGGUGUACUUGAAAAAUGACUGUGAUUGCACACUGCAGCUGUCCUGCUUUUGAAGGUAAAUGUGAUGAUGUGUUAGAAGUUUUUCUAAAGUUCUGUACAGUGCAAAUGUCUCUUUGCUGGAGUUCUAACCAGCGGCUCUGUUCUCUUCUUCAUAGCCGCCACCCACCGUGGGCGGCCCUCUUGGCUUUGUGCUGCUUAUUUGAAUGUCUGGAGACACUUCAUAGGAGAGAGGGCACCUUCAAGCCCUAUGUAACUGUAAUACUGUAGGAAAUGAGCGUUGGAGGCCUGGUCCGCUCCUGCAGCAGACCAGGGCAGCAAUGAGGUGCUUGAAUCCUGAAGUUGCAGAACGGGCUACACCAUUAAGACUGCAGGUGAAGAGUACCAUUUUUGAGCAUUCCUGUAUAAAACAAACUCCCUGCAAGUGCCGUUGACCUUGAUGUGCUAAUUUUUUUACUUGCAGAGAGCUUGCUGCUUAUAGGGGGCGCAUUCAGGAAGAGCUUCCAUCUCCUGCCUUCUGAAGUGGUACUGUCCACUGACUUACUCCCAACACCUCAUUCCGUUGUGUGUGUGUGGACUAGGCCUCGUGGUUCUUCUGCAGGCACAGCACUCUUAUUGGCUGGUUCCAGUAUGGACCACUUGGGAAAUUGGCCUGUGCAGGCAUAACAUACCCAAUACUAGCACCUGUGGAACUACUGAACACUAGUUGGGUGGAUGAGACGAUUGUGCGUUGACCAUUCAGUUUUAGCUUGACAAGUGAGCUGCUUUAAUUCUUCGUCCAUCAAAAGCUGCUACUUGAGAUAAGUUGAUGUUUCAUCUUGUCAGUGGUGCACAGUGUGGCAGGUGAAGGAAUUUUUUAAAAAAGAAUUUCCUGGAAGAUGUUGGCUUUUUGCUGUUUACCUUAAGAUUACACGGGUGUGCCCAAUCUCACCCAUCAAUGCAAGUGGCAGAAAUAUCAACCAAUGUAUCAAUCUUGACUAAAUAUAACAGUUGCUGUAUUCCAAAUGUAAUCCUUUUCCAAAAGUGAUAUUGGAUGUACAAGUACUUCUUGUAGCUUAAUGCCAUAUUUUAUUCUCCCAGGUGUAACCUGCCUUCUCAAUUCUUGCUUGCAUAGAUCAUGUGGAAAGUUCCUCUGUUGCUGCUGUAGUUUUGUUUUGUUUUUUUAAAGAGGUGAACUUUGUUUUCUGGUGACUUGAGCCAUUCCAGUAAUCUGCAUUUGGCAGCUAAGAAAUGAGCGUUUCUUAUUUGCUUUCCGAGAAUAUGAAGUACUGUGUUUUGCCUGUGACUUAAAACUUUCCAGAUAAUUCCAUUGAGCUAUGAUGCCAAUUGCCAUGUUUAGAAAAAUCUGUCCCUUCAGUUAUUUAGCAGCAGGGGGGUGGGGGUGGGGAGAUAUUGAUCAUAACACUGUUUAUCUGCACUGAAUAUAGUGACUUUGUAUCCUGUGCUGGACUUCUGAUCUCAAGUAUUAGGUAGUUUUAAAAAAUCUGUAUACCACAAUUGUGUGUCCUGUACGAAAAUACAACAUUGGUCAGAUGAAAAUGGUGUAUUUAUCCUCUUAGCCUAUGAUCUAUAGGAAAAUGUUAAGUAGCCAUGUAAUUCUCAAAGCUAUUUUUUUUAACUCUGCUAUUCAUGCUUUUAUUUAUUAUCUGACCACCAGAUCAAUGUACUAUUAUUAGUGGAAUAUUUGUAGACUGAUUUCACAACUGAAUUACAGUGUUGUGAUAAUUAAAGCUUAAAUGUUUACUGUAA